UCAGCUUUCCUGCAUAGAAUUUAAGAACAUGGGUCAGAAGGACUUCUCAGAAUCAACCGAUCCAAGGUUCUCCUUAGCUUUCCAUAGUCUGGGGACUGACGAUGGCUCCAACUAUGUGAAGAAAUGCAGCUUCAACAAGAACUUCAACAGUGCUAUUGGGUUCUUCAGUUCAAACAACUUCGUCGUUGAAAACAACGUCGUUUACUAUACCGUUGGCUCUAGCAUCGUCGACGAGGGUGAGGACAACACCUUCCGCUACAACCUGAUAUCCCUUUUGUUCUUCCCUGGUACAUACAACGGCGAAUCGGAAUCUCAGUACCAGCCAUGGGAAGGUGGAUUCUACCUCAAUAAAGCCUCUAGAACUGUACUACAGGGCAAUGUUGUUGCUGGAUCUGAGCUUGCUGGCUACCGUACCUAUGGAGAGCUUUGUGAAGAGUCCACUAACUGGGUCGACAAUGAAGUCCAUGGUGCGACAUAUGGUGUUAUGAUAUGGAAAAAAGGAAACCCAGAACCUAUGGAUUGCAGAAGGAUCAAUAACUUUUAUGCUUGGAGAAUCACUGAUACAGCCUUCUACAUGCAAAGUUAUGCAAGCCUUCACCUAACAAACGUGAUUAGUGCUGACAACCUCAUUGGAACAAACCAGAUCAUUUACGCUCCACCUGCCUUGAGCCACAUGGUCUCUACGAAAACAGCAACUACAGAUAACUCCUUGUUCAUCGGAGCAUCUCCAUCGUAUGACUGUACUUACCACGAUUCUAAAUCCAAUGCUCAGAACUUCUUUGAGACUCUGUGGACAAAAGGCAUUGAUGGCGGAAAUGCCGGAGUGAUGCUGGCAGCCUUUGUCUCAGGAGUCAACAUGGCUCCCAAGCAUGCAUUCCACGAGGCAUCCAGUUACCCAGCCAUCAAUGGAGCCACACACAUCAGUAACGUCAAGUUCGCUAACUACGCCAAUCGCUCAUGUGGCAAGGAUGUUGCCAUGAUAUCCAACAAAGACGCAGAUGAUGCUAUCCACCCGGUCUUUGUUAGUGGCCUAACCUUCCUCGACACUUCAGAAAAUAACAGGCUCUUCCUGUUCGAACCCAACCUUGGAAGAGUGAACCCUUCAGACUGCGUGGACAUGGAUUGUGAUGGCCACAAAAAGGUUAUAAUUACUGACAAUGAUGGCACUUUCCUUGAUGUUGCGGGCGCCACCGCCACCUCGCAGGCUGAGUUCGAGUGGGAUGGAGAUCCAAGUCGCGGAGUCGGGGAUUACAGGAUUCCAGUCUCUCUUCGUCAGAAUUCCAAUGGCAGUAUCAUUACAGCUGCAGAGAAGUUCCCACAGAAAGGAAUUAUUCGUGAUGACUCUUGCACUCUCAUGGCGGAGUGGCGAGCGUGGAAGUGCACGAAUCUUAGGCACCGCAUGAUGGUCAUCGAGAGCAUGGAUACAGACACAGAAAUUCGUCGCUUGUCUCCCAUUGGUCUCAUUGCAAACCCAGGCGUGAACGGUUAUGUGGACCUGCUGAAUGGGCCGAUGGAUCGCGGAUGGUGCUUCGGCUAUACCUGUCAGGAGAGAAUCUCCACUUUCUAUGCUGUUGUGGCUACAGGGCAUACUUACGAAAUGGCUAUGACUAGUACCCCACCUCAGGUCAUCCGAUUCCACUUGCUCCACACGGAUCCCAGUGAGGCCGUUCUUCUUCGCAUGUACUUCCCGAAGAUGCAAAGAUUCGACAUAUCUGUUGACGGCGUCUAUGUUCCUCCAACCAACAUUGACAAUUCCAAAUAUCCAGCAAAUUACCAGCUUCUUCCCGAAAGUGAUUCAUUCUUCCCAUCCAUCACUGAUUCCGUAGGAACCAAUUACCUGCAAAGAGAAGAAAAGCUCCUCCACGUCGUCCUACGAGGCGGGUCUGUGAUAGAUAUUACAACGACUCCUACAAUAAUCCUUUCCAUGGGCAUUGCGAUCGACCCCGACAAUUUCUACGAAGAGAACCUCGUGCAGAAUUUGGCUCUUUUGCUGAAUAUCGCGCCCGAAAAUAUCAGAGUCACCAACAUCAUCAGCGAGAGUUCAGGGAGGAGGAGGAAGAGGGGAGCUUCGGAGGUCAUUCAAGCAGAGUUUGAGAUCGCAAGUCCGCCAACCGACGCGUCCAACAACACGAGCACCAUCAAUGGGACUGAGGCAGAAAUUUUGACCCGCACAGAUUUAGAGGAGAUCAUGGUAGAAGUUGUGAACACCUUCCAGUCUGGCGUGUGUGAGGUUUGCAACUUCACCAUAAAUACACUGAGGGUCACCCCACCGUUAGAUGAGCCCGAGGUGCCAACUGGCUAUGCAACGCCAGAAUUCGGUCAGCAGAUCACAGAAAACGGAACUCUAUACAGCAACUUGCAACAGCAGGGAGACCUGUUGGCACUGAACCAGAGUAUUAAGGGCAUCACUUACGAACAGCCUAGUGCCUCUUCUAUAGAACAAGCAGUUCCGAUCACAGUUAAAGCACUUACUCCAUUUGCUGACCAACCGGUUAUCGUCGUCCUUUCAGAUGAAGGUAAUCCCAUCACUGAGCUGGGCCGAGAGAGCGACCCCUGGAUGAUGACGGCCUUCCUCUCCGGCGGGGACUCGAGGGCAACCCUCUUGGGCAACACGACGGUGCCCUACGAGGACGGGGCCGCGACCUUCAGGAACCUCGGCGUCAGCCUCCCGGGCCAGGGUUACAGCCUAUCCUUCAUGGUCACGAGUCCGGACUCGGCGCCGGAGCUUUCUGUCUCCCUUGACCAGUCCUUUGAGGUUGAACCAAAGACGAUUAAGAUGGAGAUUGAGGCUCCAGAAUAUAUCGUACUCAACCAAGAUUUCAGUCUUAACAUUGUCCUUAUUGACGCUGAUACAGGGAGUAUUAUGGACAGCUCAAUGCUUCUAGGUCAAAGUAUUAAUGGUGAAGUGAUGGCGAGGAAACGCUCAAACCUCAGCGGCAAUACAACGUUCACUUUCCAAGAUGAGGACGUGGCCAGCUUCUCGAUUGACGGCCUUCGAGUGGGCAAAGCGAUCCGGAGUUUCCGUCUUUCCAUCAAGAGCCUGAUUGCACCAGCUGGCAUUACCGUCGUUGACACAACGGGCAUCAUACCGGUCUUAGAUUUCGAAAUGCCCGAGAACGCCAAGAUAAUAACAAUUAAGAUGAGCGUCAAAGGCAUCAAGAGUGAGGAAUUGAAGAGAGAUAUAGCAACGUUCGAAAAUAAGGUCAUGUCUGAGAUCUCAAGCAUCGGAGACGUGUACUGGCAUAACCCUGAACUGAAAACCGGCAGGAAGCUGAUUUUCUCCGUGGAUGCACAAGGGGGCCAGGCGGAGCUGAGCGCUGCCAUCGAGACCCUCUGCAUGAAGCUGAAGACAAGGGAAAUCAAAUUCAAGAUUAGCAGGAGGACCGUCUGGUUAGAGGAAAUGAAGGUCGACAAUGGAAAGUGGUUUAAGUGUAAAGUGAGGCGGUUCAUUGAGGUGAAGCAAUACGUGGUCUCCUAGAGGAAGUUUGGAGAUGGCAAGAAGCACGAUUUUGACAAAUACUACAUUUCAUUUUAUACACGUGGUUACUUUCUGUUUUUUGUGGUACGAGUGAUUUGAUAUCAAAAUCUACAAAUCGUAUUUUAAACGUAUCUUCUAGCAUUUAAAGCCUGAUUUAUCGAUGGCAAUGGAUGAUAACCGUUGAAAUAUAUUGUAUCUUAAAAUUGACGAUUCACACAUUGUCAUCCUUUUGACAUUAGAAGUUGCAAAAAAAAUCUAUGUUAAUGCAAUAAACAAAACCAUC